GGAAGUCGCGCACAAAUGUAAAUAGACACUUCUUGCUAAAUACAUGAAAUUUAAAGCGAAAAACGGCCAACAAGUAAACGCCAGAAAAUAUACACGCUUAAAUAAUUGAAACGCAUAUUUGGCUAAAGCGGCAGUGUGCAACAAAACGUGUAAAUUAAAUGCGCAUUAAAAUGAAUUGUGCUGAAGUGCAAGAACAACAACAAAAACAGCAGCAACAACAAAAGCAGCAGCCCCAGAUUAACAACAACAACAAGUUGGAAAGCAGCGAUGAUGACGCUGACGAUGAGGAAAGUUGCAAGACGGCGAGGCAGGCAACAACAACCGGACCAACAGUUACAGAUGAUGAACGAAAAAAUCUGGAAUUUGCACAAAAGUUGGGCUACAGCGAGCAAUCUAUACACACGGCCCUCACACGCCUUGGAGCGCAGGCAAAGCAGAAUGAGCUACUGGCCGAACUCAUCAAACUGACCGCGGAUGCGCCCCGACCAGCAGCGCCAGCAACAACAAAUCACAACAGCAACACAAACAACAACAGUAGUGGAAACAGCACUUCACCCGCCCAGCAGCUACGUCACAUAGUCAUCGAUGGCAGCAAUGUGGCCUUGGCCCAUGGGAAUAAUACGCUCUUCUCCUGCCGUGGCAUUCGCAUCUGUGUGGAUUGGUUUCGUCAGCGCGGACAUCGCCACAUCACCGCUUUCGUACCGAAUUGGCGCAAGGAGUCGGCGCGCACCAACAUGGCCAACAAUAAUAUUACGGAACAGGAGCUACUCUAUGAGCUGGAACGUGAACGCGUGCUGGUCUUUACACCCUCCCGCCAUUUGGAUGGUGGCAAGCGUGUCGCCUGUUACGAUGAUCGCUAUAUUCUGAAGCUGGCGGCCGAAACGGAUGGCAUAGUGGUGUCCAAUGACAACUAUCGGGAUCUGUUGCUGGAGAAUAGCGAGUAUAGGCGUGUGGUGCAGGAACGUUUGCUGAUGUACUCGUUUGUAAAUGAUCGUUUCAUGCCGCCAGAUGAUCCCUUGGGACGUUCCGGACCCACGCUGGAUAUGUUCUUGCGCGCACAGACGCAACAAAAAAUGGCCGAUGCCCAGCAAUUGUGUCCGUAUGGCAAAAAAUGUACUUAUGGCCAGAAAUGCAAGUUUCGUCAUCAGUCAAUGGCGGGACGCGUGCCUCUGCAGGCUUCACAUAGCGCUCCAUUGCACAGUAAUGGACAUCAUCUGAAUGGCGGUCUACCGCCACCUGCCACAAACAACAACAACAGCAGUAGUAGUGGAAGUGGCAGCAACAACAACAAUGCCAAGCUAUCGGUAUUGAGCAAUCGCGAGCCAUUGGGACGCACCAAAUCGAAUACGAUUGAGCAACAGCUUUGCCAAGCCUUUAGUAGUCAAUUGGACUGUGAACCCAUGGAGAAUAGGCAUAAGAAGGUGCACCGACAACAGGCGCCAGCAGCAUCUUACCGUCUACUCGGACCAACAUAUAGCGCUCCCUUAAUGCCACCGCAGCCAGUGCCGCCAUCGAAUAACUAUUCUCCACAACAGCACCAACAACAGCAGCACCUGCAUUCUCAUCAACACUUGACACGCACACCCUCGGCACCAGCCACAGAUGCUUCAUCCGCCUCCAAUCAAUCGCCAUCGCUCGCUUCGCUCUCGCCAGCCCAUAAUUUUGGUCACCUCUCCGCCUCCGAUUCUCGUCUGAAUGAAGAACUGCAGCGCGAGGAGAAGCGACGACUGUUGCGCUACCAUCUGAGCAGCCUCUUUCCCCAGCACCAAGUGCAUGCAGUGCUCCAAAUGUAUCCCGAACAAACGGAUGCGAAGGCCAUUUGUGCAGCUAUACUUAAUUUAUUUCCGCAUAAUUAAUUAGACUAGGACUUAGUGUUAAAGUUAUUUAAGUACAUAUGUGUAUCUUUAUUAAUGUGCAGUUUACAACUUAUAAGUGAUGGACGCUAAAUCGAACUGAAGAUGGGAAGUUUUGCAAGCUAUCGAUAUUUUGAGACUUAACCCAUUCCCAGCCAUUGUACCUGCUUGGGUACAAGAAAUUGAACAUUUUCGUAAACUGUAUUUCCAAGCAGAAACAAAAAUUGCACAAAUAUAUUACGCAGUUUUUUAUAUACAAAAUGUGCUCUAUAGGGAUAUGAAAGGAAAGUAGAGAUUACGUAUAACGGCAAUCAGAAUUUUGCGUUUAGUACUUCGAUCAAUUUUCUAAUUUUGAGUGUAUCAGUGUGAAGUUGAUUGCAUGUGAAGCAUGUGGAUCGGUUAAAUAAAAACAAAUCCUUUGAUUUGCAUAUUAAAAAACGUUUAUUUUUCAAAUUUGAAAUUUUUUAAAGACUGCGAAGUCAAAAGGUAAUGUACUAUUUAUAAAAUUUUAUAGAAAGGCAUCAAAACACAACCUUCUAUGCCUUAUACU